GAGAAAGGGCAGAAUUGGAAAUGAAGUAAAAAAGCUUCCUUAUUUCAGUAUUUUGCAUUGCGAGUAAAAAACAGGAGAGAGAGAGAGAGCACGCUUGGCCUGUUGGCGCAACCAUCUCUUCCCAAUUGUUGCUCUGCCCAUGCCCCAAGAACCUCUUCCCCCUUCAACUUUACCCAGGAAGAGAGAGAGAGAGAGAGAGAGAGAGAGAGAGAGAGAGUCCAUACGGUGUUAUUACCCACCCAGAAGUUAAACAAACAUGUAUCUACCAAUACCAAUACAUGCACAUAUCUAAAUAGAAAGAAAUAAAGCGGUGCAGUAGAGUUUCGCUGUUCUAGAGAGCGAGAGAGAGAGAGAGAGAGAGGAAUGGGGGAGAUCAAAAGACUCUGUUCCUCUUCAUCAUCGUACUCACUGAAGCUUGUUUGGUUUGUAGUUCCACUGAUAGUUGUAUCCGGGUUUAUGGGUUUACUGGGUCCGAAGAAUUCCAAUUGGGGUUUACGGAGUCCUGUUACUAUUCCAUCUCCAUCUCCAUCUUCUUCUUCUUCUUCUUCUUCUUCUGAAGUAGGAGUAUUAUUGGGUGCAAACAGUUCUAGCUCUGUUUCAUCUGAUCAGGAGGGAAGUGGAGCCCAUUUAAAUGAAACAGAUUGGCGUUCGAGAUUGGUCGGCGAUGGAACCGGAAAUGUUCACCGACAAGAGGAUGCUAUCCCAGAUCAUGAGUCCGUUAAACUCAACGGUUCUUUGGGUUCGCCACUGCCGCUUGCCGUAGAAGCCAUUGAAAUCCAGACCACUGUUGAGAAGAUUGGAGAGAGCUUGAAUACUACCGUAAUUGGACCCCAUGUUGUUCCUUCCAUGAAUGAGUCUGGCAUUCUUUCCAUGGAGGCAAUAACAAAGAGAAAACCUAGCCAUUUACACAAUAUUGAAGCUGGUCUUGGAAAAGCUCGUGCUGUAAUAAAAGAAGCCAGAAUUAACGGAAAUCAAUCAGAGGACCCCGACUAUGUCCCCGGAGGUCCAAUGUACUGGAAUGCUAAUGCUUUUCACAGGAGCUACUUGGAAAUGGAAAAACAAUUUAAGGUAUUUGUCUAUGAAGAAGGUGAGCCGCCCGUUUUUCACGACGGUCCAUGCAAGAGCAUAUACGCAAUGGAGGGAAAUUUCAUUUACCAUAUGGAGAUUAGCCAGUUCCGCACCAAAGAUCCCGAAAAGGCACAUGUCUUUUUCCUCCCACUCAGCGUUACGUUGAUUGUUCGUUUCGUUUACGAUAGGAAGUCUCAUGAUCAUUGGGGUCCUAUGAAACAAACAGUCAAAGAUUACGUCCAUCUUGUUGCGCGGAAAUACCAGUACUGGAAUAGGAGCCUCGGGGCUGAUCACUUCAUGCUUGCUUGCCAUGAUUGGGGGCCCGAACUUUCCUCUGCCGUCCCUGACCUCUACAAAAACUCCAUUCGAGCUCUAUGUAAUGCAAACACAUCCGAAGGAUUCAACCCAACGAAAGAUGUCUCCUUCCCGGAAAUCCUCCUCCCAGAUGGUAGCACGAAUCACCUCCUUGGUGGUCCUUCCCCUUCGCGACGGCCGAUCUUGGCUUUCUUUGCAGGAGGUGUCCACGGUCCCAUCAGGCCGGUCCUUCUAGAGCAUUGGGAAAACAAGGACGUAGACAUCCAAGUCCACAAGUACCUUCCGAAAGGCGUUUCGUACUAUGGCAUGAUCCGCAAGAGCCGGUACUGCAUCUGCCCAAGCGGGUACGAAGUAGCUAGUCCUAGGAUGGUCGAGGCGCUUUACAUGGGCUGCGUUCCGGUAAUCAUCAAGGACCAUUACGUAGCCCCAUUUAGCGAUGUCCUAAACUGGAAGUCGUUUUCGGUUGAGGUUACGGUGAAGGAUAUUCCGAAUUUGAAGACCAUUCUGAUGGGAAUUUCUCAGAGACAGUAUAUACGGUUGCAGCGGAGGGGGAAGCAAGUGAGGAGGCAUUUCGAGGUGAAUUUGCGUCCGAAGCGGUUCGAUGUUUUUCACAUGAUACUUCAUUCGAUAUGGCUCAGAAGACUAAAUGUUCGCGUAAACGACGCCGAUAUAUCCUGACCGGUUGAUAAUUGUUUCAGAGUGUUCAAGGGAAGGAGGUGUGCAAGUAAGAUGUGUACAUGAAUUAUUGUGUUGAUUUAUGUGAUUUGUGUAAUGUUGGUUGAAUUCAUUCGUUAGUUAAACAUUUUACAUAAAUAAACGUAUGUUUACAG